GAGACCGAGGUAGAUUACACCGGCGUUGCGAAGGCAUGGGAAAACAACCCCAUCAUCAGAUCUGCCUCUCUCAAGAACAAGACACUUCUUCAGUGGAUAAACAGAGAUGAAGUGGGUGUUGUGACCAUGAAGACUGUCAAGCUGAAUGUUCCAGUUUUGACCGAGCUCUUGAAAAUCUACCUCCCCCAGUGCCCUGACGCGAAGACCUGCAACAUUGAGCUUCUCAAGGAGCAAGUUGCCAAGUUCCGGGAGGAGCUCUGCCUUGAGGAACACCAGGGAACCGUGCACUGCGAGGGUGCGGCCCUGAAGAGCAUGGUGACCAUCAUCAACCGGCGCAACGACGGCUGCAAGCGGCGUGAUCGUCGACUCCGGGAGCUGUACGAUCUUGUGACGCAGUAUUGGGCCCCGAAGCCUCGCAAGACAAAGUCUAGAGCAGACGUGGACGAGGAAGAUGAUGAGGAAGAGGAAGACGGAGAGUCAGGAGAGGAGCCGACAGGAGAGGAGCUGGCAGGAGAGGAGCCAGAGGAAGAGGAGCCACAGCAAGAGGAAUAUCCUGGAAAGGAAGGAGCCCAAGAUGAGUUCAAAGGAAGUACGGUAGAGGAUCCGGACUUUACCAGCCCCAUCAACGACCUAAAGUUGAUUGCAAGCCUUGGCAUCCUUGCGGCCUCACCCAAUCCGCCCUCUGCGUAUUUACCUCGAGCAUCGUCGCCUAAGCCCCUUCCGCCCACAAAUGCUCCGAGUAUAGACGAGCAGCUGGCUGCUCUGGAGUCACCCGUCUGCAAUCUGCCCGAGGUCUUGCAUUCCGGAUUUCAGGUUCGGUGUUGUAGAUGUGGGGCCUCUAAUGUACCAAGGAUCCAAGCUUGUAGCUUCGAUUGUUAG